AAAAUCCUCCAUCUUGGUUGCAACACAUAAAGUUCUAUGAAGUUUCUAGUUUCUUAGUUUACCCUCUACUUUAUCUUUUUGAAUAGAUAGUCUACUGCUUGUUUCUAUCGUUUGCACUUAAUUUCUAACGGUUAGGAUUGUAAUAGUUUGAUUUUCCUUGAAAAAGGAGAAAACAAGUUGGAUUGAAAAAGAGAGAUCCGAUGACGAAAGAGAAGAGCCUAAUUCUCGACGUUUCCGGUUGGCUUAGACUCUUCGACGAUGGCUCCGUCGACCGGACUUGGACCGGACCGCCGGAGGUGAAGUUCGUCGCGGAGUCUGUGCCGCCUCAUGACGACUUCAUCGAUGGAGUCGCCGUUCGUGACUUGGUGAUUGAUCAGAACUCUGGUCUCCGUGUUAGAAUCUAUUUACCGGAGGUGAAAUGCGGCCGCGGAAAGAAACUGCCAGUUAUCGUUCAUUUUCAUGGCGGUGGAUUUUGUAUUAGCGAAGCAGAUUGGUUUAUGUAUUAUCAUACUUACACUAACCUUGUUAGAUCUGCCGAAGCAAUUUGUGUCUCUGUUUAUCUCCGUCGAGCGCCAGAGCACCGUCUUCCAGCGGCGAUCGACGACGGCUUCUCCGCUCUCAAGUGGUUGCAAUCGGUGGCUCUCGGUAACGAAAUCGAGCCGUGGAUAGUCGAAAACGCGGAUUUCAACCGCGUUUUCCUAAUCGGAGAUAGCUCUGGCGGAAAUCUCGUUCACUCUGUCGCUGCCCUAGCCGGAGAAACCGAUCUUACUCCGCUGAAACUAGCUGGUGGGAUUCCGAUUCAUCCUGGUUUUGUCCGAGCAAAACGAAGCAAAUCAGAGAUGGAGAAUCCACAAUCGCCAUUCUUGACUCUGGAUAUGGUAGACAAAUUUCUGAGCCUCGCAUUACCGGUGGGGAGUUCAAAGGAUCAUCCGAUUACAUGUCCGAUGGGAAUCGACGCGCCGCCGCUCGAAAGGCUAAAUCUGCCGCCGUUUUUACUGUGCAUUGCAGAUAAGGAUCUGAUAAUCGACACUGAAAUGGAGUAUUACAAAGCAAUGAAGGUAGCAAAUAAAGAAGUGGAGCUUUUAAUGAGCAAAGGAAUGGGACAUAGCUUCUAUUUGAACAAGAUCGCCAUGAAAAUGGACCCAGAAACAGCUGCUGAAUCGGACCACCUCUUCGCCGGAAUUGCUCGAUUUAUAAAGCAACAUUAGCAGCGUUUUCCGGUGAAUCUUUGCAUACCUCCGUCGUGGACGGUGAAUUGUAUCAAGUUUCUGGUGAAUAAUGGUAGUCCUUAUCAACAAGCUGGCAGUGGAGAAUUUAAGAUCGAUCUUACCUUCUUUUUUUAUGUAUAAAUCUUAAAAAAUUAUACAAAUUGUAAGUUUAGUCUUAAAUCCAAAGGUUAUAUUUUCUGGAAAAGUCUAUAGUCCAAAGUUCCAAUUUAAAUUAUAGGUUUACUAAAAAAAAUUAAUAAAUAAAAUAAUUAUUGGGGAAAAAAA